CGUGAUUUGAAAACAUACCGAUGGCCUGUAACAACAACGAUGUACUUAAAGAAAACGGUGGCAAGAGAUCUAAAAAAGGCGUUAGUGAUAAUUUGUCGUCGUGCAGUGGGACGGCUAAACGGAAGCAUAAGAUCGAAUCAGUCAGACUCAGUGGCCCGAAAACCGUGAAGAUCGUUAGCACGAACACGUUGAGCGUUGGCGUUGAAAAGUCGUCUAAGGACGCGAAAGUUAAGUCGUCUAGCAGAAAGUUGUGUCGAGGUAACGGCAAGAACUCGGUUGGCACUUUGGAUCAGGCGAUCCGAAAAAAACACAUAUUUACUGCGGUGGCCAAAAUGCCAGCCGAGAUUCAGAUGAAGUUGAUCAAGAAUGGCUGGAUUGGCAAAAUUACGACCGAUGACAACAGUUUCAAUCGGAACGAUACCGCUGCCGAGGUGAUAUCGCUGCAUAAUAACGUGGAGCGUGUUAAAGGGGUCGUCAAACGUUACGAGUCUGGUCUGAUGUGGACGGACGCGCGCAGAGAUGGCGUUAACUGGAUGACGCUGCGCCCGGACGUUGUAGUCAACCGGUUCCCGAGGGACGACAAUGCUCCUUUGAAGCUGUGUGGCCGCGCCCUAGCAGGGAGAUCCGAAUUUGACGACCACUACCCGAGGGCGUACCUGGCGCGCACCGAAGGAAUUCACGCGGACAGCUUCAUCGCGGACUACUCGUUAACCGCUUGCGUAUCGUUGUUGCGGGCAUUCGUGGACGGCGGUCACCAAUCCAUGUGCGACAAAAACGGUCAAGUGAGUAUACGCCACUCGCAAAACUGUUUCUUCGUCUAUUAACUAAGGUUCAUAGUAUUUGUAUAUAUUUUGUAAAUUUUGGUAUGUGGUAUAUUCGAGAUCAAUAUUUGUUUUUGUUUUUAAUUGAUCGAUUUUGUUUUUUUUUUUUUUUGUCCAUUUAGUUUGUUUGUUUAUCUUCAGAUUUCAAUUAACAUUUUUCUAGUUCGUUGUAUUUAUUUUUUUGUUAUUCUAUUUUAUUGUUAUGUUGGAUUGCUAGAUUAGAAGAAAAUUAUUUUUACAAUACUGUGUUAAAUUUGGAUCACGGAGUUUUUUACAAUUCAUAAUUA